UUUAGAUAAGAACGCAUUCCUAACCAACCAGCUGUUCACUUGCAGCAAUCACGGAUUCUCCCCUUACAAUGAACGCCGCAAAGGAAAUCGCUCUUCUCCUUAUUUCGCUGACAACUAUACAGCUUAGCCAGGCAUCGAAUCAUAGCCAUCAUCAAGGUCUACUAUGUGCUCGCUGUGACAGAGUUACGGACCCACUCGACUGUACAUACACAACCAUAUGUGAAAAUGAUGAGGCGUGUCACAUUGCUCAGUUUGUAACAUCGCAAGGGAAUCUGUUUUAUAAACUGGGAUGUAAGGCUAAACAGGAAUGCCAGGCUCUCCACGUUGGUCGUAGACAAAACGGAGAUACCGUGUUUGACGAGCGAUGUUGCACAAAACACCCCGAAUGUAAUCGAGACUUUUUCAGGCAAUCCAAGGGUCUGUCCUGCGGUUCCUGCAAGGAUAUAGCAAGUCCUGCCAACUGCGAGAAGGUGGUCACAUGUAAUUCCAACGAGGUGUGCGAACGUACUUCCUACGUAUCUGAUCAGUUUUAUUUUCAAUACACACUGCAGUGUGUAAAAAAAGACGUAAGUCAUAUUGUCUUUUUCUUAGAUUAAUGCCAAAACAUACUUUCCUCACAUGAGGAUCCCAUUACCAAUAUGUCUCGUGUGAAUACUGGCCGCCGUCAAAUAGCUGGCAUAUUGCUGAGUGCGGCGUAAAACAACGAACAUACAUAACAAAAAACUACUGGAUCUGGAGAUUACAAUGAACUCGUUACCGUUUUGGUAC